CGCGGGGCGCGUCCCCUCCCUCCCCUCCUGUCCCCUCCCGCCCCGUCCCCUCCCGUCCCGUCCCGCCCCGUCCCGCAUUGGCGGCGGCCUCGCGCGCUGCUCACGCCCGAGGGCCGGGAGGAGGCGGCGGGGCCGGGGCCGGGGCCGGGCCGGGGCCGGGGGGCAGCGGCCGUUGCCAGAGUCAACGCGUCAUCAGCCAAACCGAAUCAAGAGGAGGCAGGAUAUUUGGGACGGCUCCCAGCAUCUCAUGAAUGAACUAACGGAACUCGAUAAUGCUGGUUCUCCAGAGCCGGUCCUACGGCUCAGAAAGGGACACAUGUCUGGCUCAACAACAACCCAGGCAGCCUCGGAAGAUGACAGCUCUGAGCAGAGGCUUCUUCUAGUGGAGCCACCUUUGUCUUCUGACCAGGAAAAUAGUUCUGAGGAUAAUAACCACAAUGAUGAGUCACCUCAAGAAGAAGAAGGAUUUAUGGGUAUGUCACCUCUUCUACAAGCCCAUCAUGCUAUGGAGAGAAUGGAAGAAUUCGUGUGUAAGGUAUGGGAGGGCCGAUGGAGAGUCAUUCCCCAUGAUGUUCUACCUGACUGGCUGAAGGACAACGACUACCUGUUGCAUGGACACAGACCACCCAUGCCUUCCUUCCGGGCUUGUUUCAAGAGUAUCUUCAGAAUACAUACAGAGACUGGUAACAUCUGGACACAUCUUCUAGGAUGUGUGUUCUUCCUGUGUCUGGGAAUAUUCUACAUGUUCCGGCCAAACAUGUCCUUUGUAGCACCUGUGCAGGAGAAAGUGGUUGUUGGAUUGUUCUUCUUGGGAGCCAUACUCUGCCUCUCCUUCUCAUGGCUCUUCCACACAGUUUAUUGCCACUCAGAAGGUGUUUCCCGGCUCUUCUCCAAGCUGGACUACUCUGGCAUUGCACUUCUCAUAAUGGGCAGCUUUGUACCAUGGCUGUAUUACUCCUUCUACUGCAACCCGCAGCCUUGCUUCAUCUACUUGAUUGUGAUUUGUGUCCUGGGCAUCGCAGCCAUAAUUGUCUCACAAUGGGACAUGUUUGCGACCCCUCAAUACCGGGGUGUAAGGGCAGGAGUAUUUCUAGGUCUGGGUCUUAGUGGGGUUAUUCCCACCCUGCACUUUGUCAUCUCUGAGGGGCUCCUGAAAGCAGCCACUAUGGGGCAGAUAGGCUGGCUGGCACUCAUGGCAUGCCUGUACAUCACUGGUGCUGCACUCUAUGCUGCCCGCAUCCCGGAGAGAUUCUUCCCUGGCAAGUGUGACAUCUGGUUCCACUCCCAUCAGCUGUUCCACGUCUUUGUAGUGGCUGGCGCCUUUGUGCAUUUCCACGGGGUGUCGAACCUCCAGGAGUUCCGUUUCACGGUGGGAGGAGGCUGCACAGAAGAGGAGGGGAUGCAGUAACACCAGGCUUCAGCCCAAGGUCGUAACCAAAACAGCACCGCACGCGCGGUUGAAGCAUACAGGCUAGUGAAAUGAAUACCUAAGAAGAAUCCAAGUUUCAGCUGAUGGAGCACAGAGCUUCAUGGGGAUUCUGACUAAUCAAGAUAAAUUCUAUACCUCAAGCAAUGGAAUGAAUCAAUUUGAAGACCAGGAAAUUCUGAAACCCUAAUUUAUUCUUGGGAUCUACAGAUUGAGCUACAGAGGACCCUUUCCAAAUCGGCUUCUGUUCAAUGCCAUAUUUAUUUGUAGAAGUGGGGAGGGAUAGCUUAGCAGUUUCCUUUUUUUUUUUUUUAAAAAAAAAAAAAUCGAGGUUAAAUUUAUAUCCUCUUGGAGGGUUUGGGAGUUGAUUUUAGAUGCUCUUUUGGGAGAAAAGCAAAUUGUAAAUAAGAUUUCUAACUUUCUGUUUAAAUAAAUUUAUAUAAAUGUUUUAAACAAUGGGUGGGGGGAAAAGGGUUUUUGUAAAGAAUGCAACAUGCAAGUACCACACACUGUUUCAAUUUUGCACAAAAUGAAUGAUUGCAGGAGGACCAGGUAAAAUUCCCAGGAGUGAAGCAUGUUGGCCCUGCGUUUUUGCCUGGUGGCCAGCGUGCCCUAGGCAUGCCCCUGGGCAGCGUGGGGUCCUGGCCAGCACUUGGAGUAGGCUCAGUACACGUACGCGAGGGUUGUGAAGGCUGGAUCAGUCGUGUUGUUGUUUGGGUCACAGCGUUAGCCAGUUCUACUCGAGUAACUUGAAAGAUCCAUCUGUGCUCUGCUUAACUGUGUGGGACAACUGCCUUCCAAGCUUGCUCGGCCAAUAUAGUUUUGGAUCUUACAGUAAGCUGUUUUGGUUCUCAUCAUCCGAAUCGCAGCGUGAUGGGAUAACUGCACGUGGGACGGCGAAAGGUCCGACUCCAUCAGUGCCUGCCUAUACCCAAAGGCCCCUGCUGAGUAGAUGGCUGCCGUCUGAGUGAGUCCUGCCCUGUUUUGUCUGAACAACCGAUGGUAACGCACUUGUCAAAAGAUAGUUGAGCAUGUGAGGGGAAACAGAGAUGGGGUUAAGAUUGACUGGAAAGAGGAAGCUGUGCGCUCCAAGGCUUGGAGUGAACAGUUACUGCAGACCUCAAGCACAUUACCUUCUCAUGUGUCAGGCUCCAUAUGCCAAGGAAGUUUUUGCAGGUUUUUCUUCUUAGGAGGAAAAAUCCACAAUCGGCCCAAUGCAGUUCCAUUUUUUUCCUUAGGUCUGCUUCCCAUCUGCACCUUAGCAAUGGGACUGCUGGUAUUUCUUAAACCCGAAACGAAGAGUUCAGUUGGAUUGCUGUGGAGCAGACACACCUCCUAUAUAAGGGGAGGUGUAUGCCCUGCUCUUGCUUAAUUGAUGUAGCUUGAUCUUUGGAGCCUAGUCAGAAGCCGGGCUGAAGGAGAAUCUUUGGAGUUGUAAGAUGAAACUUGAACGUUUUGUUUGUCAUGGCACAGGUAUUGCUUGGAGCGUUUAGUUGGAAAUUCGGAGCAAUUACCUCUCGUGAUGAGUUAAACAGCUCAUAAAAUGCUGUAGUUCACAAAGAAGGGAGGUAAAAGGGUGUUUGUUUUUUUUUUUUAAUAAAAUGCAAAUUUGAGUUUUUUUGUCUUUCAAGGGGAAAAAAUGUAGAUUGCAAAGAUCUUUUAGUAUGCUGGGUGUUACUGAGUGUUUCGGGGAGUUGCUCUGCCUAAUGGAGUCAAGUAGAAGCAGAAUGCCUUCGUGAAGUUGACUGGUGGAUAUUAAGGCUUCACCCCUCGACUGGGGUCUUUGUAAAGCCUCUGAGAGCAAGGUCGGCUGCAGGAAGAGCUGCUGCAGCAGAGUCUGUGAGCUUAGAGGGACGUGUUCUCAGUAGGAUCGCUACUCUGGAUGCCAGUAGGGCCAGAAGCAGCUUAUCACAGGUCGGUGUGGUACAAAGGUGAACUAAAGAGCAGUAUUAGCUGGAUGUAAGGGCUAGCAGCACUGGCGUCCCUGACAAAGGCGUGGGGCUGCCUGGCAGGAAGCAGGCUGGUGCCUGAGGGAAGCAGGGUAUGGAAGCAUAUCCGAAUCAGAGCUGUCCGUACGGCUUUGGGAUACCUCUGUAACAGUACCAGCAGAAGCGGCCGUCUCCAUCCCGGCUCAUCCCACGUUCACUCCCUGAAGGGUGAUUGUAACCUGGUCCUACACAGCACAGAACUACUACAGAAACACAGUACUCCACCUGCUAUUCUGAACCCAGUCAGUCUCUCCCUUCAAGAAGUUUGUGUGUUCCAAUAAAAGCAACCUAGCUGUGCACUUUUCUGUAGCUCUUGCUGAGAACUCUUCCCAGGUUGGCACCUGAAUGCCUUACUCUCAGCAGUCAGAGGCUUGCUUGCUCUGUGUGCAGGUUAUUGCCAUAGAAUAGUUAGGACCUACAGCUUCUUUCCUUCCCCAUUAAAUAGUGGCCUUGUUCAGUAUAUUUCUUUUUAAAAAUUGCUUACUGUUGAAAGCAAUGAAGCACAUUCUGGGGUUUUGAUGGUUGGGGACUCCGGUGAUGGUUCCAUGUAAGAUGGGAUCUUAUUACUUGCUGUAUUCUUAACUUCGCUAAUAAAAGAACCAAAUGGA